UAUUGAAAAUUGCUUCUUUGCAUUGAGCCCAUAGUUUGCAUUAGAGAAUGCUCUCAUGCAUUAACCGUUGGCACUGUGUUGUAUCUCAUUUACACUUUGUUUCUCAUUUAGAAGGAAGAUCUGUCUUUUCACGCAAUGGUGAACACUGUCAGAGGCGUCAGCAUCCAAGCCGUACCAAGGAGUGAGAGUCAAAGACCCCGUGAAGGAGCUGCUGCGGAGAAAAAGAGGAAAUGCUGCCAGAACAACGCCCCCCAGCGCAGUAGGAACUACAGCAUAUGUGUGCACACACAAUAGGACACAUGCUUUUGAUUGUGAUGGUUCCCAACAACAAUUUGCCAUCAUACACACACGCUGGGACUUCUAGCUUUGCAGAAGCCAACCAGAGUGGUCUUAAUGAUUCAUUGGUGGAUGUAAGUGGGCUUUGCACAGGAUGGAUUGCCCAGACCACCAGCACAUCUGCUCUCCAGCCUUUGAGCCACUGGGCUCCCCCAGACUGCCAACACCACGAUCCUUCCAUCCCGUCCCACACUGAUAUGUACGUCCAGCCGAUCUGUCCCAGUUACACUGUGGUGGGCCCUUCCCCCAUGCUGACGUUUGCACACACACCUCUCUUCACCAACCUUGCGACUGUGAGCACUUCAAGCACAACCCUGCCUCAGGUGGAGAUCCCGGACUCCUCCUUGACAUACAUUCCUUGGGCUCAGCCUUUAUCCACCAUCUCCAGCCCCGUCAUGCAGGCCCCCUCUGUGCAAGCGGCCCUGUCAGCCUCCCAGCUCUUCCCAGUGCCUCUGACCUUGCCAGUACUCUCACCAGAACCUGAGCCUCAGCAGGUGGAGCCACCCCAGGCCCCCGAGGGCACUCUAGCCCUUGAGAAACUGCUGGAAGAAGAUGAGGGCCACAAAGAACCCUACAUCUGCAACUCCUCACUGUUUUCAGAAGACAUUUAGGAUAUUUGUAAAUUGGCAAUCUUUUUGCGCAGCUUCUUACCCAGUCAAGAUUUCAUGGUGGAUCCAAUGUAGGCACAAUAUGGGCUUGAGGUAUUGGCCAUACAUGGGUUUGUCCAUGGGUUUCAUGUAGGCCCUAUGUGAAUAAGCCCCAGUAUGGGGCCUACAUGGGUUUGUCCUUGGGUUCUAUGUCGGAACCCAGGGACAAGUAUGAGCUAAUUCAAAUAAGGCUUACAUGGAACCCAUGGACAAACCCAUGAAGUCCCAUACCUCAAGCCCAUAUUGUGUCUACAUUGCCCCGGCAUGAAAUGUUGGUUGGGUUAUGGCCACAAACACACUGUAAAGUUUCCGGAGUGACAACCGCAUUUAAAUACAGAAGGUAAUACCAUAAACUAUCAUUCCCGAAAUUGCGAUGAUUGACACCAUGAUAACCAUAGCAAUGGCUGCUUAUCAGAGGACUCCCUACAGUGUUGCCAUGUCCACUUAUAAGCAUUUUUGGGCUUGUUGUUUGGGUUUGGCUUUUAAAAUGUCCAGGUUUAUGGGAUUAAUAAAAGUGGGAAGUUGCGGGUCACAAUAUUUUGAUGUUAUUUUCAGUUGCAAUUUAUUUUACAGUACAUGCACUUCAGUGUACUUACAGGGUACUUACUAAGAAAGUACUGAAUAAUAUAAGGUAACUACAUGGGAUAAGAUUAGGUUAAGGGGUAGGUUCAGGACUAGUACCUAGCACGCUCUAGCAACACAAAUGAGUCAAGCCUCGUACCUCUUUCCCUGUGGUUUUCAUGCAUUUAAAAGAGAGACCUCUGAUACGCGCUUAAAAACGUCAUUAACACUUUGGUUCUGUACACACUGUGCAGAAUUUUUGUAAAUGCAAUUGUCACUACCUGAAUUUUUAGAGAGCUAACUUGGUUUUAAAAUGCCGUUGUCACUCCCGUAAAUUACUAAAUCAUGUGUGUACAGAAUAUAUUUAGCUGCAGUACAUGGCCAAGUAAGAUUUACUAGGGUGAUACUGAUGUGGGUUUAUUUAGGACAGCAUUUUGGCAGCUCUUAUUAAAAAUUAAAUCUGGAAAAAAUAACAAAUCUGGAAACAAUUGUGAAGGGAUAGAUUAAUGUUCAUUUUAGCCGGCUUGCAUAGCUCCAAUUUAAAUUUGUGUAGAAUUCAGUGGUUAAAAUGCUAACAUUUACAGAGUACUCUUCCUUGUAUACAGUUCAUUAAAAUGUCAGUUAGAAUUAGAAAGAUUUCUAAAGGUUGGAGAAAUCCCCUGUGGAUGUUAUCAUUUUAUCUACCCGUGCCCUAGACCUGCAGGCUUAGUUGUCUCUCAAGUUAACAAGUUCCUUAAUGGGAUGUUUAAACAAGGGUCUGCUCUGCACGUGCUCUACCAUGAAAUCUGCUUUUUAGAGCUUCUGUACAUAUCUCUGUCAAACGGGUAUGACAAUAAAGAAGCAAACGUGCAUUUGAAAGCA